ACAUAAUUAUAACAUACCGAAUCCCGACGAGUUUCUUGAGCAGUAAACCAACUCCAAACCAGCUGAGAAAACGACUAAUAAAACACUAAUUUUUGUACUAAUUUUCUGUAAGGUAGCAAUAGGGGAAGUGGAGGUCAGUAUUUAUAGAAAUUUUUUUUAGCAAUCACCGCUUUGGACAAAAACAGUGAUGUGUUCACCACCAUUGUCCUCAGUGGUGAUUGCUUGGUAGCUGUGACCUAAUUUCCACCUACCAGGGCGCUAAAACGUGUCAAUUAUCACUGUUUUGGUCCAUGGCGAUGAUAUGAUCGCUUUACACAUCAGCGAUGAUAAGGUCGAGUAUCACCGUUUUUAACCAAAACGGUCGUUUUGGUAGAAAGCGAUGAUGCUAUCAUCGCUUUAAACCAAAACAGUGAUGCAAUCACCGUUUUGAUCAAAAACGGUGAUACCAUCAUCGCUUUUGUCCAAGACAGUGGUAGCAUCACUGUUUUGGUCCAAAGCGAUGAUGCUAUCACCGUUUUAGUCAAAAAUGGUGAUUGCGAUCACUGUCUUGGUUUGCAGCGGUGAUGUUCAAACUGCUGUAUUUUGGGAAAUAAUUUUAUAAGUACUGUAUUUUGGGAAUUUCUUUUAAUAAUUAGAGUAUUUUGGGAUUUUUUCCCCCUCCGCCACUGUUUGCCAGAUGGUACUAUCCUCUUCUUCCGCCAGAGGAAAUACCGGCGCCUCCCGUCCUCAACUCAUGGUAAACUUCACUCACAACCGCCUUGGGUCAGUUUACACUUUGUGCUCUCCCGACACACUGGAACCCCUACUUCCCUCCCCAAUCCAGCUACCCUCCUGUAGUCAUCAGGACGGCUGCUAUGAUGAUCAGGAUUUACAAGUUGCAGGGUGCUGUAAUGGCUUUAUUUUCAUAUCCGAUAAAGAAGACAUCGCCGGCCCCGAAGACCUUAUCCCUUGGAGCCCGGCGAAAUCGGAGACCAAGGUACUUCCACCUUCGCUUUUCUAUAGUGACGGCUCUCCUCGUGCUGUUGGGUUUGGUUUUGAUUCAGAAUCGAUUGAUUAUAAAAUCCUUAGACAAGUUAGCCGACCAUCUUGUGAAAUAACGAAUUCACAAGGGAAGUUGUACUGGUAGCGCUCGUCGGAUAGAAGUCUAGUGUUUGAUUCAGUUGCUUCACUUCCAAAGAGUAAAGGUGGAGUAUCUGGAGGAUAUGGCCCAUAUGGGUACAAUUUCUGAGUGUUUGUUGGAGGAGGAGUCAAUGGUGGUUCUUUGUUCCAUUUAUGACUGCCAUUCAAAAAAGAUCACAUCUUGGGAGAUAUGGGUGCUCCUGAAAUACUGGACAUCGGAGUCGUGGACCAAGUUAUCUGUCAUUGAUGUCGAGCCAACUCCUACAAUGGAAGUUUACAAGGACAAUGAGCUUUAUGCAUUGGGCGACAUUAUCGAAUCUGCUGGAUUUUGGGGAAAUUUGAAGUGUUUUUCUAAACCAAAUCUUUUGGGCGAUGGCGGAUCACUCGACGAGAAGGACAAACCUCAAUGCUUCAUCGUCUUUCAUCCAGAGACGGGAGAAUUUAGUCAGCUUGAAGUUCAGGGAGAAAUAUGGCAUCAUUUCAUAACUAAUUAUGUACCUUCUCAAGUUUCUUUGCAGUGUGAUUCUAGAUAGACAUGGAUAUCUGGUGGGUUUUUUUUGGGAUAGGAGCUAGCAAUGACUGAGUAGUUUGUAGUUUGCUUCAGUAGUGUCUUGAUAUGAACUGUAAAGCUCCCGAAAGAUACAGUGAUGCACAGUCCAUUUCAUCUUUGCGAAUAGAUGAUACUUAGGGUUUCUGUAAGACAUGUUAUGCCCUCUGUUUCCUAUUCAAUGAAUAAUAUUUAGUAAU